AUGUACAGUUUUUUUCCCGUAUUUCCAGAAUGCAACAAAAUGCCUUUCUUUGACUGACUAAUCCCCUUGACCAAUCAGCGUGGCUUCUCCAACAGCCAAUCACCGGAGUCUCAACAUUCGAUUGUCCAAUCAGAUCAAAGGGGGCAGAAUCUAAAUCUCUCGUUAGCUCGCGGUAGAUCAUGAAAUAUGAAUGAAGCGUCCGGCUAGCGGUUAGCUAGCGACAACAACAUUAAACUAUUACUAAUAUCCCGGAACAAGAAACCAUAUUGUAUGAAUAUUAAAGACAUAUGGAAGCUGUGUAGGGGAGCCACCCACUGGGGUUUUUAUGCGUACCACACAAGCUGAGCAGGAAAGCUAACGUUAACGUUAGUUGAUUCGUAGGGGCUUGCUAACAACAAACGCUAGCAUGUACUGGAAGCACUCACUCAGGGCGGAUGCGAGUUUGAAGCUGUCACUCUGAAUCAACAAAAACAGACCGCGUCGAGAGGAGAUCCAUUUGGUUCCACUCCUUCAGGCUGAGGUAGCAGUGCCACCAUGUACUCGAGCCCCAACAACUCCACGAAGUCCAGCUGCAACAGCAGCAGCAGCAGCAGCAUCACUGAGCUGCUGGGUGCCCUGUGUGACAGCAGCCUGUCUGGGGUGUCCUGGAAACGUCGUGCCCUGGGUGGAGUCUCAAGAGAAGGCUUCCGCAGAGCCCUCAAGAAGUGUGCUUACGGCUCGCUGCUGUCCAAGCUAUUUCAGGACGACGCCAAAGGGUCUGCAUCAGGAGCGAGAAUCACCGAUAAUACGCCGCCCAAAAACAAAGUCCUGAUGAUAUGCUUUGAUUUGCGGGUGGCGGGGUGCCGAGAGGAAGCAGAGAGGUUGGAGGAGCAGCUGGGGAUGCUGCACGAGGGAGCAUCGUCUGGGCUCAAGGAAAUCGACGCGGUCCUGGAGCUGUUGGUACAUCUAGCUGGUUCGGCACCUCCACCCCCUACCUCUUUUAGCAGCGACUACAUGAGACGAGAGAGGCCCGUGCUGCGGAGGCCUCAACCCUGGGGCUACCAGAGCGAAGAGCUGCAGAGGCUGGAGGCCCGGGCGUGGGGUCUAGUGUGUGGCGAGGAAUGGGGGACUUUGGAGAGCUUGUGUGGAACACAGAGGUUGAUGGAUGCUCCUCCAGGCACAGGGCUGCUUGCUCUGAGAACUAAAUUGGAAGCGGAAGAGAGAUUUGAACGGGAUACCAGGAUGACGCUGUUUGGAGCUCUGCAGCAUACACGCACCUCAGACAUAGACAUAAGACUGGACCUGCCUCCUGUUCCCAGUAAUAUUGAUGUGACUGGGUUGGUUAUAAGGGUCCCCUCGUGUUUAGAUCAGUCUGAGGAUGAGGGCUUCCAGUCCGCUUCCAACAUGACCCCAGACUCUAUGUCAGAGACCAGCCCCAUUCCAGACGUUGAUAUAUGGGAGGCUCUCCGCACGUUUGAGCCUGGAAGACGCCGCUGCUGGGAGUCUGUUGGCUGCCCGCCGGGGAAAAGGGAGUCGCUCUAUCUUACAGAGGGAGGCAGGGAGGCCUUCGACCAGCUUUAUCGUCUAUGGGAGGGGGAGAUGAGGGUGGUCAGCACCGCCACACCAUCUCCUCUCCUUCCUCUGCCCCUGGACUCUCAAGCACAACUGGUAUUUGACCUUCUCAACGUUUUGAUCGGAGUGGCGUCGACGACCUUCCCUCUCAACCAGAGUGUUCAGUUCGAUGUGAGACCUGGGGUGUGCGUGUCGGGAGCCUCUCCAGAGAGUGUGUCUCGUCUCUUGGCGGAGCUGGCCCAGCACGGCACCCACUACUUGAGGCUUAGCCGCUUUUCUCUGCAGAGUGCCGACAAGAAAGGCCUCGUCUUACAGGCUUUUACAGGUGGUCUGCGGAAGUAUCUGCAUUACUACAGGGCUUGUGUUCUCAGCACUCCACCCACCCUCAGCCUGCUGACCAUUGGCUUCCUCUUUCGCAAAGUGGGCCGCCAACUAAGGUACCUGUCAGAGCUGUGCUGUGUAGAUGGGCCUUUGGGUGCAAGCCAAGCGACCUUCCCUGUGGGUGUUAAACUGCUGUCCUACCUGUACAAAGAAGCGCAGAAUAACUGCAGCAACGAGAACUAUCCGGUGCUGCUGUCGCUGCUUAAGAGCAGCUGUGAACCUUAUACACGGUUCGUGUCCGACUGGGUGUAUAGUGGUGUUUUUCGUGAUGUUUAUGGAGAGUUCAUGAUCCAGGUCAAUGAGGACUAUCUCAGCUCUAGAGACAAACACUUUUGGGUCCAAGGCUACACUCUGAUCUCAAAGGAUGUGGAGGACUGUGUGCCCGUCUUCCUGAGACACAUCGGCAAUGACGUGUACGUCUGUGGGAAGACCAUCAACCUCCUCAAAAUCUGCUGCCCGCAGCACUACAUCUGCUGGUCGGAGCUGCCGGUGCCUCGCAUUGCUGUCACGUUCUCCCUGCAGGAGGUGGAGGAGAUCGAGAGGGACUGUGCUGUGUAUCGAGGACGAAUGGAGAGGGUUGCUAAGCACAGCGCCAUCAGCAGGGAGGAGCAAGCGCAGCGAGUGGAGCAGGCACGGCAGGAGCUGAUCAAUCAGGUCAGAGAGUCAGCGGCCAAAACCCUGGAGAGCAUUCGCGGGCGCCAGGUGUCACUUCGUCUGGCUGACGAGGCCAAGAAGAGGGAGCGUUUUGAGGAACUGAAACAGCACCUGAAGCAGGAGCAAGAGUGGCGCAGUGUAGCCAAGACGAAGCGGGAGGAGGAUGACUUCAGCUUUGCCAGAGAGCUGAGGGACAGAGAAAAAAGACUACAAGCCUUGGAGCAGCAACUGGAGCAGAGAGCCAGGAAGGAGCUGAUAGAUCAGUACAGCCGUCUGUCAGAAGAGGCAGCUCGGAGAGAGAGACGGGCCAUGUGGCAGGUGCAGCGUAUGAGACUCGACGAAGCCCGGGCUCAGUUCUUCAUGCAUGACAAGCAGCAGACUCUGGCAAUGCUAGAGAAAAAUCCAUUAGGCCAAGAGAGACCUCCCAUGGGAGUGUUGGUGCCUGUUCCCUCAGCUCAACCCGCUGCACCACCAGCAACAGUGGAACCGCGCAGUCAGGAUUCAUCUGAACAGCAGCCAGCAGAACCUCAAGAGGCUAACGCUGUAUCACCAACACCACCUGACCCGGCUGCUCUCACCCCAACAGUUGACUCUGUCCUCCUCUCUGAGAACAUGAACAUCAAUGAUUCUCUUCCCAGGUCACCGAAUCCUGGCAGUGAGCAGGUUGACGUCGCCCUACAGGCGAUUGGCUCUGACCUACCUGAAGUGUGUCCCGCAGCAGAUAUAGUAGACUAUGACUUCAGUGCCCCCUUUAGUCCACUCGAGGGUAUCACCGGCCAAGCCGUACUCCAGCCACGGCCUUGCAGGGGAGCUGCUGCUGAGCCGGAGUUGUUUCAAAACCAUCCCUCUUUUUCCCACAUCCCCAUUGGAGAGCACAUGUCUCAAUUUCAGGACGCCGUCCCCAAAGCCAACCCCUUUGGCCAAGCCUCCAGAUCCAGCUUUCCUCUUGGCCAAUACACCCUAGAGGAGUCCCGGAAUACAUUCAAAUCAAACAUUUAUGGGCAUCCCUCUGAAGCCACCGUGCAGCUAGGGGAAGAGAGUGGCUCAGUGGCAAAAAACAACAAGACAGAGUUUGCCUCUAUGACUGAACCAACGAAUGAAACUGGUGAUUUAGAAAGUAAAGUAGUGGGAAAUGAAGACAAAGGUCAUUCCGUUGAGGCUGCUAAAGAUUGCGACGUGUUGGAAGCCCCACCCACUGCACUGGAAGAAAGUGGCGAGGAUAACGGUCUUCGCUUGGCAGUGACAAGUCCUUCUGACUGUGAUCCACCCGACGCAAACCCUGAACCAACCACUCACGAUCACAGCUCCGAUGUUCAAGACGAAUCUGCUCACGAUACGUCUUUGCCAGAUAUUCACGUUUCCAGCGCUCCCCUGAAAGCGGGUGACGUCGCAACCUCUCCCCUCCCACCCUCCAACGUCCACGGUCACGCCUCAGACUCGCACAUCAGGAUUGGGGAACACGCUUCGGAUGCCGAGGCGCCUGUACGUUCCUCCAGUGUUCACGGUCACUCCUCCGACGCCCACAUUAAAAUCGGGGAAUACGUCGCGGAGUCGGCGGCUCGUCUCCCUUCUCAAAAUGUCCACGGCCAUGCCUCGGAUGCCCACAUUAAAGUCGGGGAGCAUGUUUCGGAAGUAGUGGCCCGUCUGCCGUCCACCAACGUCCACGGUCACAGCUCAGAUUCCCACAUUAAAGUCGGGGAAAAUAUCUCCGGGGCGGCCUCCCCGCGUCCUGCUCCCGGCAUCCACGGCCACUCGUCCGACGCCAACAUCAAAGUGGGCGAGUUUGUGUCCAACGUCGCUGAAGCGAGACCUCGCUGGAGUAAGCACGGCCACGCCUCGGACUGCACGCUUCGGUCGGGCUGCGUGGCGUCGGGGGCCGAGCCCGCCUCGGCCGCCCUCCCCGGCGGCGCCCAUGGUCACUCCUCGGACUCCGGGCUGGGCGCCGGAUGCGUCGUCUCCGGAGCCGAGCCCGCCUUGGCCGCCCUCCCCGGCGGCGCCCAUGGUCACUCAUCGGACUCCGGGCUGGGCGCCGGAUGCGUCGUCUCGGGAGCCGAGCCCAAGCUUGCCCCCUUACCCGGCAGUGCGCAUGGUCAUUCCUCGGACUCAAACUUGGGCGUGGGAUGUGUCGUGAGCGAAGCGGAACCGCAUCCAUCCCCGCUGCCGGGCAGCGUCUACGGUCACACGUCUGAUUCGAAGUUGGGGGGGGGUUGUGUUGUGUUGGGGACGGAGACGCCACCGGCGGCGCUGCCUGGCAGCGCUCACGGCCACUCGUCAGAUUCCUCGCUCGCCGUUGGCUGCGUGGUGAAAGGCAGAGACAUCUUGGACCAGGAGAAGACCGAAGUCGUUGAAGAUGUUAAAGGAGAUCAGCUGGGUGAUGUCAUGGGUUCCUGGGCAGCAGGCUUCGGGUCGUCCUCUGGAGAACGGUCUGAGCAGGAAUACCUCCUGGCUUUAUGUGCUCAGUAUGAGGUGGAACAAUACGAGGACUGCUACAACCUAAUGGCUUCGUCCCCCGAGUGUCAGCUGCUGAAGCAGGUGACCCGGGGCCCCUGGGGGCUCCCUGUGGACCCGACGCUCCGCAGAGCCACGGACACCACGCCUGUCCAGCUCAGCGAGAUGGUUUCCCUCCCGGUUCUGAUAAAACAGGCCGUGACGACCCCGCUCAUCACGCAUGUGUCUUUGGUGAACAAGGCCGUGGUGGACUAUUUCUUUGUGGAGUUGGGGGUGGAGAGACACUUUGAGGCACUGCGCCACUUCCUGCUGAUGGAGGACGGCGAGUUCGCACAGUCCCUCAGCGAUCUGCUCUUUGAAAAGCUGGGCAGCGGUCAGACUCCCGGCGAGCUGCUGACCCCCCUGGUCCUGAACUCCAUCCUCAGUAAGGCCCUGCAGUACAGCUUACACGGGGACAUCCCCUUAGCUGCCAACUUCACCUUCGCCCUGCGCUUCCUGCCGGAGACCUUCCACCCACACGCCCCCGACUCCCUCAACUGCCUGGAGCUGCGCUACAGGGUGGACUGGCCGUUGAACAUCAUCAUCACGGACAGCUGCAUGAACAAGUACAACCGUCUGUUCUCGUUCCUGCUACAGCUCAAACACAUGGUGUGGAGCCUUCGUGAAGUCUGGUUCCACCUCAAGAGAACAGCGCUGGUGAAAGGAGCAGGUCGCUCGGUGCAGUUUCACCAGCUGCAGCUGUACAGGCACGAGAUGCAGCAUUUCGUCAAGGUGAUACAGGGCUACAUCGCCAACCAGAUCCUGCAAGUGUCCUGGAGCGAGUUCACGGCCAAGCUGGCCUCCGCCAGCGACCUGGACGCCAUCCACCGCACGCACGCAGACUACCUCAACAGAGCCAUCUUCAGGGGUUUGCUGACAGAGAAGGCGGCUCCGGUCAUGAACAUCAUCCACAGCAUCUUCAGCCUGAUCCUCAAGUUUCGGGCCCAGUUGAUCGCACAGCCCUGGGGCAGCCACCAGGGGGAGGCAGUGCACCCCAGCUUCGUUGCCAUGCAGCAGUCGUACAACACCUUCAAGUAUUACUCUCACUUCCUCUUCAAAGUGGUGACCAAGCUGGUGAACAGAGGCUAUCAGCCUCAUCUAGAAGAUUUCCUUCUCCGCAUCAACUUCAACAACUACUACAAAGACUCCUGAGCCGUGUACUUGUAGCACUUGACACGAUACAGGUAUACCUGUUCAAUACUAAUCCGAUGCUUUCCACGUGUAUAGAUAAUCAUACAUACAUGUGUACAAUACAUUCAGUUCAGCUGAGUACCACAGUGUAUUUAAAAAACCCACCUGUGCUUUAUAUUAGGGCAUGCAUUUAAUGCAUUAAUGUGCAGCUGAUGCCUACUUACUGUAGUCUUACUAUACUUUAAGGGGCAAUUCUAUGUAAAUACAAAAGAAAAUGCUUUCUAAAUAAAUGCUCUAUUUUC